AUGGCGGCUCUUCUUGUUGUCCUCUGCGCGCUCGUCGCUGGUGUCGCGGCCCAGCUCUCGGUCCCCGGCAACAGCACGUUUGACGCCCAAAUCAACCAAAUUCUGCACUGGGACGGUCUUCACAAGUCCAAUCUCGGCCUCGCACCCAAUGCGAUCGCCGCCGCCGCCAUGGCCAUUGGCAUCGUCAUCACGUUCUAUGGCUUCAAGCUGCUUCGGCCGGUCAUCUUUGUCGCGGGUUUUCUCGUCGGCGCCGUUGCUGGCUUCAUUGGCGCCGAGAUGCU